CCAGCCGACGGGGCGCGGGGCAGCCCGGCGCGCACGGGGCAGCCCCGGAGGACCUUCCCGAAGGCCCCCGCGCCGGGUCCUGACCCACAGCGCCGUCCGCCGCACGUGUCGCCGGCGCGAUGCCCAAGUCCAGGCGCGACAAGAAGGUGUCCUUGACCAAAACCGCCAAGAAAGGCCUGGAACUGAAGCAGAACUUGAUCCAAGAGCUUCGAAAAUGUGUGGACGCGUACAAGUACCUGUUCAUCUUCUCGGUGGCCAACAUGAGGAACAGCAAGCUGAAAGACAUCCGGAACGCCUGGAAGCACAGCCGGAUGUUCUUCGGCAAGAACAAAGUGAUGAUGGUGGCCUUGGGUCGGAGCCCGUCGGACGAGUACAGAGACAACCUGCACCAGGUCAGCAAGAAGCUGAGGGGUGAAGUCGGUCUCCUGUUCACCAACCGCACGAAGGAGGAAGUGAACGACUGGUUCACAAAAUUCACGGAGAUGGACUACGCUCGCGCGGGAAACAAAGCUGCUUUCACCGUGAGCCUGGACCCGGGCCCCCUGGAGCAGUUCCCUCAUUCCAUGGAGCCCCAGCUCAGGCAGCUGGGCCUGCCCACAGCCCUCAGGAAAGGUGUGGUGACGCUGCUGUCCGACCACGAGGUGUGCAAGGAGGGCGACGUGCUGACUCCAGAGCAGGCCCGAGUCCUGAAGCUCUUCGGCUACGAGAUGGCUGAGUUCAGGGUGACCGUCAAGUACAUGUGGGACGCGCAGUCCGGAAGGUUCCAGCAGGUGGGGGCAGACGACCUCCCCGAGAGCGCAGAGGAAUCCUCGGAAGAAUCGGGGGACGACGAUGAUGAUGACGACGACAUUUAGCCGGCAUGGGAUGCGCCCGCCGCGCCGACUCCCCGCACCGACCGCACUGGGGUCUGCUGCCCUCUGCUUGCUGUGGGUACAGACAGGAGGGAGGAUGGCAGGGACAGCCUGCUCCGCAAAGAAUAAAACCAUUUUCUUUCUACACAGGAACAAGCAGGGCGUGCAUAGGCAUGGCGCCACUGAGUGGCUUCCCAGGCCAGCUUUGUGGUUUUUGUUUUUGUUUUUUUUGCCUCCAGGGUUAUUGCUGGGCUUGGUGCCUGCACCAUGAAUCCACUGCUCCUGGAGACUUUUUUUUCCCUUUUUGUUGCCCUUGUCUUAUCGUUGUGGUGGUUAUUAUUAUUAUUGUUGUGGUUGCUAUUGAUGUCAUUGUUGCCAGAUAGGAGAGAGGAGGGGAAGACAGACGCCUGCAGACCUGCUUCACUGCCUGUGAAGCGACUCCCCUGCAGGUGGGGAGCCGGGGGCUCAAACUGGGAUCCUUAUACCAGCCCUUGUGCUUCACACCAUGUGCGCUUAACCCGCUGCCUUACCGCCCACCCCCUAGUUUUGUCAUUUUUAAUUGAGAAGAGAGAUACCUCAGCACAACUCCAUCUUCCAUGGAAUUCCCACAUGGUCCCAGGACUUGAACCCCGCUCCUCACACAUGGUGAGCUGUCGCCAGGGGACAGCUGACAGAGUGAGGCGGCACCGGCUUGUCCAGGACUCCCGGGUCCACCCCAGCGCCCGGUCAGUCUGGCUCCUGUCUUGCAGCUUAGUGACAGGCCCUUUUCAAAGGGUCUGCCGGGCUCAUGGUGUAGCUCAGUGGUACGACACUUGUCUUGUGGGGACGAGUCCCUAGGUUUGACCCCCACCACUGCAUACAGACAACAAAGACCCAGAAAGGUGGUGCCGUGAAUGGUGCCGUGAACUCCUUCGGGACUUGGUGGAUGGAACAUCGGACUCUGAAGGUUCGUGUUCUGUGUGCCAGGGUCAUGCUCUGGUUUUCUCUCUCAUUAAUAAACAUCAUUUUUAAAAGAAAAGAAAAAACACAA